CAAACUUAAACUUAGUGCCUUUUGUCAUACAUUAGCGAUACCGAGGUAUCCUAAUUCUCUGUUGAGUGAAGCGUUUGAUUGUCUUCAAACAAGCGAUUGAAAGGGGGAAGACUGCGGAAGUCAAAAGAGGUACGUUUUAUGGCUGCCUCAGGAACCACAGAAAGACACCCCAACUCAGCUAUGAUCAAGCUGGGCAAAAUCCUAGGAAUUUCCAAUAACAAGAACGCAUCAGGCACAGAGAAAACUUCACCUGCUACUAGCUCAAACGCGUCCCUGAGCUCUAGUCCCUCAUCCCCCACGUUGCAGGCGAAGAAUACUUCAGAUUUGAACUACAAAGAGGCCAAGCUGCAUUCAAAUUCGACGUCCUCUUUGGUAAGCUCCAAUAUAGGCAAUGGCGCACGCAAAGCCAGAAGCCCUGGCCAGAGCUCGUUGCAAGGUCCGGGAAACAUUGCCCCAAUCAGCCUAAAUUCGGGCGAUGCUGCCUCUUUGUCACGGUCUGGGUCGAUGGCGUCCAAAAAUCCACAGGUAGCUCGUUUCCUGAUGCGUGAAGACGGAACGCACGAGCAUCAUCUUCGAAACACCAAGAGACAGGAAAAACUGGGCCAGAUGGUGAAGGAUUGGCUAGGAGCCAAGAAAUUGAGAAAUUCAGCCGUUUCAGCCAUUCCUAAUAUUUUGUCCUCCACGAAUUUGGCUGCGCUCGACAACGAGGCCAAGGCCCGGGUGGACGCUGCAACAAGUAAGAAUCUUCCUCCAACUUUGCUGUCUGGUCUUUUGAACCAGGUGAAACGAGGCGAUAUUACCCAAUUCUCUGGGCCUGAGAACGCCAUCCAGCAGCCUAGCACUGCCAUGAGUGUGAAUAUGAAACCGGAAGCGGCGGACAAUCGUCUGUUUGUGGAAAAAUACGGCGAGUGCCAGGAAGUCAUUGGUCGUGGUGCGUUUGGAGUGGUGCGUGUGGCCCACAAAAAGGUGACCAAGGAUGGAUCUGACGGAAGUACAGAAAUCCUCUACGCUGUCAAGGAAUUCAGAAGACGUCCCAACGAAAGUGACAAGCGCUACUCCAAACGACUGACGAGCGAGUUCUGUAUAUCGUCGUCGUUGAAGCACCUGAACAUCAUAUCUACCAUCGAUCUGUUGAAAGAUGCAAAGAGCGAUUAUUGUGAGGUUAUGGAGUACUGUUCAGGAGGCGAUCUGUACUCCCUGAUUGUGACAGCAGGAAGGCUGGAAUAUACAGAGGCAGAUUGCUUCUUCAAACAGUUGGUUAGGGGCCUCAACUACAUGCACAAGAUGGGCGUUGCUCACCGGGAUCUGAAACCAGAAAACCUACUGCUGACAUCAGAAGGAACGCUGAAAAUCACCGAUUUCGGUAACGCCGAGUGCUUCAAAAUGGCGUGGGAGGACGAAGUGCAACUGAGUCACGGAAUCUGCGGUUCUUCGCCGUAUAUUGCACCCGAGGAGUACACUCAGAAGGAGUUUGACCCGAGACCCAUAGAUGUCUGGGCGUGCGGUGUGAUAUACAUGGCCAUGCGCACCGGUCGGCAACUUUGGAAGCUCGCCAACGUAGAGGACGAGUUCUUCACCACAUAUCUGCAGAAACGGAAGGACGCCAAAGGCUACGAACCUAUAGAGGGUCUCAAGCGUGCGAGAUGCAGGAACGUUAUAUACUCUGUGCUGGAUCCCAUCCCGCAGAGAAGGAUCACGUGUGCCCAGAUACUGAAUAGCGAGUGGGUACGAGAGAUCAAAGUUUGCAAGGCUGGCGACUGCGGAAAAAGAGUCGAGUAGAGUGUUGCAUAUAGAAUUAACGAGUUACGAGAGCAUUGAUUUAAUUGCGAAAAAACAAGGCCCGUGUAAAGAUGUGGUGGCAUGUUCCCGGAUGCUAGAAAAAGUUCGGGAUCUUAUUAUUAUCAAUUUAAUUUGAUCCCGACACCAGAACACUGCGAACUGGCGAUUUUGAUGGCCCACUAGUACACAUCAUCGCUGGAAUUUGGGAUUGGUGACAAUGCAAUCAAGCUCAUAUUUUUUACAGAACUGGGACCGUGCGGUAUCUGCCCGAAUCACGGCAUGGCUCCAACUGCUGCAAUCCAAGCACCGCAGAAUUUUGCAACUUUUGCUGGAGCACCCAACAGCAUUUAUUCUCUGGCCGACCACGAUCCUCUUUGUGCUGAGCUAUCCGACGCUCUACUCGCUAUAUGCGUCCACAUCGAGCGUUUUUCCAACAUCUCUUAGCGACACCAGUUACGUUAAGACGGUUGAUAUUCAUCUCGCUGACAGCCCGCUGGCCGAGCCUGACUUCUACAUGAAAAGCGUGUGGAUCCAGCCGAACCUGGAAUGCGAGAAUAGCACGUUGCCUGGCGUGAUGGAAGAUAUCGCGAGGAGGAAGUCUCAGCGAGCUCUAAAUAAGGAAUUUUUGCUUGAUGUCUUGCAUUUACAGCAAGAAUUACUGCACGACCUUGACUCAGGAGACAUGUCAUUGGAGAAUGGAUCCAUACACAUCCAUUCGCCUUUUGAAUACUGGCAUAAUAACGAAACGUGGCUGCGCAGCGACAAAAACGUGCUGAAAACGAUUCAUCUGAUGGAGUCUCGAAAAUCUAAUUGGAAGGUCCCUCUAUCGCAAUUUCGGCUCCUUUCAGGAGUCAGCAAAGUGGACGGAAUAGUGAAAAGCGCUGACUCGCUGCAGUUGUGCAUUAUUUACCCCUCCCAGAUCUCACGCCAUUUUGAGCAAAUUUGGGAGCAAAAUUUGCAGACGGCCAGACUAAAUAACAAGUUCCAAAUCUUCGAGGCAGACAAUGCUGGAAAAACCCACUUUGAGCUCACCUACACAAGAUGUAAUUUUCUGGAGAGUGCUCUGGUAGCCGCUGCUCCUUUGCUUGUGGCUGUCUAUGCCAUAAUAUCUCUAACCAAUAUUCACUCCAUCAAGUCGAGAACCGGCCUCUUUUGUGCCUACAUCGUCCAGAUCACCUUAUCCAUACUAUCAAGUGCAACUUUGUCAGCGUAUUUUUACAGGACUCUGGACCUUUCCCAGUUCCCGCUUUUGGUCACCCUGUCAAUCGUGCUCCUGGUGAGCAUCGAAAAUACUUUUCGACUAGUGGUCGCCACCUCGCGGACGUCUGACGAGAUGUCGGUGAGCACCCGCAUUUGCAAAGCUGCGCUUUCCAGCCAUCCGUUGUCCACUACAAUAGUCCUAGUCGACAGCGCUCUGUUGGUCUUGACGUUGCCCUUUCUCUGCGAGCUCGCCAGAAAGCACGUGCUUUUCACUUUGCUGGCCCUGAUGUUUGACCAUUUGUUGCACAUCACCUACUUUACGACAAUUGUGGGAAUAGACAUACGCCGACUUGAGCUGCAAGAUCUUUUGCAAAGGUCAAAUAAGCACGAAGGUUCUUCGGAUCAGGAGAUGCAAAUGAGGCCGCUUGGUUCUGGCUAUAUUUUCUCUUCAGCAUUGCUUGGCCCUCAGAACAACCGAAACCAUGGGGUGUCGCUUUGGACGACUGCAAGACAGUACCUCUACAGGGUGAAGCUUCCGCUAUUUAAGUCCUUGCGCUCAAGUGUUGCAGUCGCCCUGGUUGUAUUUUUACUGACAUUCAAAUGGACGUGUGGCGUGAACUGCCACUUUCCCCAAACGUUCACGUCUAUGCAGUCGCCUGCAAACGCUUCAGUGGAGGCUCUUCAAAGCAUGUCUUUGAAUUUUUUUCCCGAUAAAAAAGUGCUGGCAGCAGAGCUACUUGAGCUACACUCAAGAAAUUCAAAUACUCAGAAAAACCAGUUUACCGUUUUCAUUUUAGAUCCCACAGUGGUUCUUGCGAAAGACGCUGUGCAACCUUUUGCGGAGCCGCGGCUUAUCGGCUUCGACCAGGGAGUGAUUUUCAAUUUUGACAUGCUUUACAUUUUGGAGUUUUUGAGUUGUUUGACGUUUGUGAUGUCUAGUGCGCCUCUCAUUCUCAAAUAUUUUCUGGCCAAGGACGGCAUUGACGUGUCUUCAGGGCUGGGGGGAACCUUGGAGACCGCUCCUGAAAACCAGCACACCACUUUCAACUCCAAAGAACUGGUAAACGGCCAUUUUCUGGACGUGGUGCGCAUAUCCACCUCCCCCUGUCCCUUCAUAGUUUCAGUGGGAAUGGACCACAAGAUUCUUGUCUGGUCUCCAAUGACGGUUCCUCUUCCCCCUCCUACUCAGCUGCCUCUUAGCGGAACUCUACUGCCUGUUACCAACGUGGUGAUGUCAAACACCGGCUCUUUAAUUACUGUGUUCAGCAAAUCCGGUGCUGUGAAGUGCUGGUCGCGAUUCACCAUGUCAUGGAUAUGGACCUGUCAGGUCGCAGAGCUGAUAAACGACACUCCGCUGGAGUCUUUUUUCAGAGCUCGAACCAGUUCGCAGCUCUCGCGCUCCAAAACCAAGACUGUGACGCGGAAAUCAAAGCUGGCCAAACAGGUGCCCAUGGAUGAGAGCUCGUCUUCCGAUGACAGUUCUGCACCGCCAGCGCGUCCGAAAGUUCGCGGAAGGACGUCUUUAAACCCGGCUUUUCUUGGUCAUGGACGGUCGCCGUCCGUGGACUCAACAUUUGACCCGGGCAAGCAUUGUGGCUUCAAUGUGAAAAAAAACGAGGAGUUUGUGAUGGUGCUGAAAAACGGCGAUAUGGUGACUGUUAACUGCGCAGACGGGUCGAUGACCAGGACGAAUCUGACCCAGCAGAAAUUAGUGUGCUGCAGAAAAAUAGCCACACCUAGAGUUAACGACAGAAUCGUGGGAGUGCUGGACGACGGAUCUUUUGUGGUGGCCACGGCGAUCAACAACAAAUGGAAAGUGCGGUCUGUCAAGGUACAGACAGAAAGCUACAAUUCGGGCAAGCGACUAAUUACACCGGCCAUGAUCUCCAGAACCUCGUCGAUGAACCAGAAGUCCCUCGAGUCGUUGCAAAAACUGCGUGCGAAUGUGGCCAUUGGGUCCCAGUCUGCGAUUGAGAUCGAGCAGCCUCCUGACACUCCAGAAAAGGACUACUCCGGGGCAGUGAUCGAGCCGGUUCCGUUUGUUGGAAUGUUUGUGAGAGCAUGCGAUCUGACAGCAGAGCUAAUUGACGUGAACUCGGGCACUAUGCUGAAAUCUGUCAAUAUUGGCCAGUUCAAGCCCAACACCUUCAAAGUGUUCCAUGCAGAGCCGUCGCAUUGCCGAUUCUGUGGAUGUGCUUCCGUCAGCUCCUUUUCCAUAGCAUACACAGAGCUGGAUACGGAUACACUCAUUGUGCACACCUUCUCCAUCGACAACAAGGCCAAAAACAGCAUCUGUAUGAGAGUCGAGAGGGACCCUCGCGAAACUCGGUGUCUCGGUUUUGCGUCGGUGACAGAGCACCAGCACUGGCUGCGCAACGUGGAAGGCUGGUGUCCAACAGACCUGAAUCUUCUCAUUGGAGUGCGCAGAAAAUCCAACCUCGAGGACGACACGAAAGACAGUAUUUGCUACAGCUCAAACAGACGGCUCAUAGAGGGUGAGCAGCUGCGGAGUCGCAAAAGUAAGCGUGCUACUCCAGAAAAAAAACUACACGAUAUCUGGGAAGGAUGGACCAUGACCGCUGCCGGUGAGGUGAAAUACUACGAAAUCCCGAGCGGGGCCAGCUCGGGACUUCUGAUCAGACGCAUAGGUCCUGUUCAGAAAUUUGGGCACAAGUCGAUUGUCGUUUCAUUUGGCAACAUCAUGAAGAUCCUGUACCUAGGUAACGACAACUUGAUCGAUAAUGGUGAGUCAGAGGGUGAACUGUCUGUUCCUUCUAUGCAGCCUCCCAACGCCUUAGGAUUCAUCAGCAGAAGACGCAGAAUGAAGCUGACGAAGUACGAACUAACACACUCAACGAAUUUCAGCGACGUUGACGAGGAGUGAAAGACGGGUGCGUCUAUUUGCGACGAUCGGCGACGAUCAAUUUUAUACAUGUAUAUAUUUUAUAUCACAUACAAUUUUCGAAAAC